CCUCUCGGACCAUGGCGCGCGCGGGGCUCGGCGCGGGGCUCGGGCUGGCGCUGGCGCUGGCGCUGGCGCUGUCGCCGUCGCGGGCCAAGCCCACGCUGCGCAAGGAGCGCGUGCUGCGCCCUGACUCCGAGCUGGGCGCGCGGCCGCCCGAGGGCAACGGCAGCUUCCAGUACGACCACGAGGCCUUCCUGGGCCGCGAGGACGCGCGUGGCUUCGACCAGCUCAGCCCGGAGGAGAGCAGGGCCCGGCUGGGGAAGAUUGUGGACCGAAUCGACAGUGAUGGAGACGGCUUCGUCACCACUGAGGAGCUCAAAGUUUGGAUCAAACGGGUGCAGAAAAGAUACAUCUAUGAUAAUGUCGCCAAGGUCUGGAAGGACUACGACAGAGACAAAGACAACAGGAUCUCCUGGGAGGAGUAUAAACAAGCCACCUACGGCUACUACCUGGGGAGCCCUGCAGAGUUCCAGGACAGCGCAGACCAUCUCACCUUCAAAAAGAUGCUGCCCCGGGACGAGAGAAGGUUCAAGGCCGCGGACCUGGAUGGGGACCUGGCCGCCACUCGAGAGGAGUUCACCGCCUUCCUGCACCCUGAGGAGUUCGAGCACAUGAAGGAGAUCGUGGUUUUGGAAACGCUGGAGGACAUCGACAAGAACGGGGACGGCUUUGUGGACCAGGAUGAGUACAUCGCGGACAUGUUUUCCCACGAGGACGGUGGCCCUGAGCCAGACUGGGUCUUGUCGGAGCGAGAGCAGUUCAGUGACUUCCGAGACCUGAACAAGGACGGGAAGCUGGACCAGGACGAGAUUCGGCACUGGAUCCUCCCGCAGGACUACGACCACGCGCAGGCCGAGGCGCGGCACCUGGUGUACGAGUCGGACAGGAACAAGGAUGAGAAGCUCACCAAGGAGGAAAUCUUGGACAACUGGAACAUGUUUGUGGGGAGCCAGGCCACCAACUACGGCGAGGAUCUCACCAAGAGUCACGACGAGCUGUAGGAGCCGCCGCUGGCCUUUUCCCUUGGCGCAGCUGUCCCCAAGGUCUGAUUUACAGCAGUGCAUCCCCGGAAGAGCGAGGUUGUGCUGCAGAUCGGGGUAGAAGAUACUUCUCACUAAGCAUUUACUGGAAAAUGACCAGUAGGACUCAAAACACAUUAUAGUCCUGGCAAAUUGCCAUUCUUUAUGGGGUCCCUGGCUACAACGUGAGUUUUUAAGUUUCUUUUUUCCUACUAAGUUUAAAUGAAAGGGAAAUAAAACUCGGAAAAGCCAGGUUACUCAGAAGUUGGGUGGGUUGGGGUCACCGCAGAUUGAGUGUGCUAUGUAUGAUAGUUAUCAGAAUUUUCUAUUUGCAGUUGUUAAAUAGCGGGCAGGGGAGAACUCUGAGUCAGGGAAGUGGUGUCGUCCCGGCAGGCUGUCUGGGAGCAAGUCUAGUGUCCCACACUCCCCGCUUCUGACUUGAUCCUUUGAGCUGUUACUGUGAGUUGCAGAAGAAACUCCAGCGUAUUUUUCCGUAGGAACUUGGCUAACGUACACAAUCGACCCACAUCUUUGUUUUUCAUUUUUACAAUAAGUAACAAUCAAGAAAGAUAAUGUGAACAAGAAAGGAAUUUUCAGGUGGUGAAAAAAACGGCAAGCCCUGAAGAACUGUAGGAAAAUGGUAAACACUUCCCAUGUACUUGAGAACAUUUCCUUGACCUGUGAACCAGGCAGGUCUGAUCUUUGAGGUAGUGGCUAGAAACAAUCCAUUUCCUCAGUGCCCUUGGCUUGCAGUGAGGCCGUAGGGUCCCUGGGAGGCCGCCUGGAGUUUGCCAGUCUGUGAUUACCUGCCCCAGGUGGCCCUCAGCAUGGAAUUAGGACAAGGUGAAGCUUGAGCCAUUCACAGGACUGGUGGAAAGGGAGGAGGAAGGGAUUGAAAUAAAGGACCUGCCUGAGGAUUU